ACAAAAUUUUCACUUAUAUAUUCGAAAUGCGCAGUUUUCAGAUUGUCAAGAACAAUGAAUUUAGUUUACGUGUUGUUCACGGUGUUUCUUCUGAUUGGAUAUAAGGAAUAUCGUGGUGAAGUUGUUUCCCAAAUUCUCGAUGGCAAUUUGGUUCCUUAUAUCGAAUAUCAUAAUUACAUCGUGGGUUUACAGUAUAAUAGGGAAUGGAACUGGCGUUAUAUCAGUUGUGUUGGAUCAAUCGUUAGCCCUUGGAAGGUGGUCACGGCAGCCCAUUGUGUACACAAUAGAACUUCAUUUACAAUCGUUUUUGGUACAGUGGAUUUAAAUUACCGCUAUUUCACUUUGGAUGUCAAUGGUGAAGAUAUUAUUUCACAUCCAGCAUAUUCGGGUGGGCGUCCUUUCAAAAAUGAUAUUGCGGUACUUCGGUUGAAUACUAGGAUCCCAUUUGACACAAAAGUGGAAAAAAUAGAUAUGGUUGAUGAAGGUUAUAUACCAAGGGAGGGCGACCUCGUAACCAUGUUGGGCUAUACCCAAUCUUUAGAAUCUGGAAAAAAGCGAAACACUUUGAAGAGUCCUCUGCGAGAGAUCAAUUCUACAGUCGAGAGUUUCUAUAAAUGCCAGGAUUCUUAUAGCGAUUUAAAUCAACAACGUCAAUUUUGUGUUAAACUUCGUUCGGGGCGCCACAACACAAACCAAGGCGACUCAGGCGGUCCGGUUCUGACGAGCGAUAGAAAAUUCAUAGGUGUCACAUCAUUUGAUAGAGACGACGAGCCCGAAGUGUUUACGUUAAGUACGACCAGAGUCUCUGGUUAUAGAGAUUGGAUUGCGAACCCCACUGAAUAUAGUGGUAGCAGUAGUGGCCUAAUUUACGAGACUGAUGGUUGUAAAUUUAUUGCCGCAAUAUUAUAUCAGAAAUACACCUCAAGUGGAACAUGUGGGGCAGUGGUUUUAUCUAAUAAUAAAAUUUUGACAUCGGCUCAUUGUGUGAGCGAUCAACCAUUAUCCGUUACACUGCUCUUGGCCACAUCGAACACAGACGAACCGUACAAAUCACUGAAUGUGGUUACAGAUGAAAUAUUCAUUCAUCCCGAAUAUAGCAGUGGAGACUCUCCCCCGUUUGUCAACGACAUAGCCAUAAUUUUAUUGAAGAAAGCGUUGAAGUUCGGCCUAAAAAUCGGUAAAAUAGAUAUGGUUCCAACGAGCUAUAUGGCAAAACCAGGUGAAGAUGUAGAAUUAUUUGGAUAUUCAGAAUCACAAAGAACGCAUGGAGCCUCGUAUUAUGACACGAAUUUGCGAUCGAUUAAUACAAAAAUUGCGGACUUUGAUCUUUGCCUCAGUUCUUAUGCCGGAACUGCCAAUUUAGAGAGAGGAAAACAAUUGUGCCUCGUAUUGAAUAAUGGGGAGCAAAGCACGGGACGUUUUUCGGGUGGACCGAUUAUAACAAAAACCAAAAAAUUGCUCGGCAUCGUUUCACAUUCAAUGAAUGGAUUGCCUCUAGUUGUCAGUUCAGUUACUGGACAUCGUAAAUUCAUCGAUAACCCAAGGGGUUUCCGUCCCAGCAGCUCAGGUGGUAGGCAAAAUGUUGAAUAUACCAGUGUCCCUGGUGGACAAACGGGCAGAUCAAUUGGUUCAAAUGUUCCGAGCAGACAAGUGAGCAGGUCCAGCAGCCAAACAACAACUGAAAGCGAUUUGGUUCGAAAAAUCGAAGACCAUAAGUAUACGGCUGGACUGUUAUACAAAGAUGAUAGUAGCGGUGGUCGAAAUUUGUGUACUGUAACGAUCAUAACGAGUACCAAAGUAUUGACCGCGGCCCAUUGCGUGCAUAACAAAUAUUCAGUGACUUUAGAACUUGGCACACUAGAUACAGAUAAACAAUAUAAAACCGUGAAUGUUAGCAAAGAAGAAAUACUUGUGCAUCCACAAUAUAGCGCAGACCCUUGUUUUGUCAACGACAUAGCUGUAAUUUUAUUGAAGAAAGCGUUGAAGUUUGAUUCGAAGAUUGGCAAAAUUGAUAUGGUCGAUAAAAAGUACGUAAUCAAUACGGACGAUAAAGUGACGUUAUAUGGGCAUUCUAAAGGCUAUUUACGAUAUUUUGAUUCGAAAAUUGCCGACUUUGUUGGGUGUCGCCGUUCAUAUUGGGAAAAGAACAAUGAUAACCCAUGGUUGGAAGAAAAUCGACAAUUUUGUGUUCGUGAUGGAGAAGAAACGUCCAUUGGAACUGGGUAUUCGGGAGGUCCUGUGGUAACAGCUGGAAAAAAAUUAAUUGGUAUAUUCUCAUAUGAUAAAGAUGGACUACUGCUAGAGAUUUGUACUUCCAUUAUUGGCCACCGUUCAUUCAUCGAUAAUCCAAAACUUUUUAUAACUUCCAAUCGUGGCAGCGGCAAUAGCGGUGGAACCGCUGGACAACCAAGUAGGACAAGUGGACAGACAGGAACAGGAGGCCAAACGGGUGCAUCGCGUAGAACAAGUGGUCAAACAGCGAAUACUGGAAGUUUAGUUGAUAAAAUCGAAGGUUAUAAGUACAUGGCGGCAAUUUUCUACACAAGAGAAGGAAGUAGUAGCCAAUCUGUUUGCAGUGCAACUAUAAUAUCAAAUUAUAAAAUACUCGCACCUGGUCAUUGUUUGCACCUAGUGCAACCGGUCACCUUGAUACUAAGUUCCAAAAAUUUGGAUGAACCACAGCAAACGGUGUCCAUUCCACCAGAAUUAAUUGUUAUUCACCCUGAAUAUAACACCAAUACGUUACUGAAUAAUUUGGCCAUGAUACAGCUCAAAGCUAUGUUGAAAUUUGGCUCAAAAAUGGGCAAAUGUGAAAUGGCUACUUCAACAUACAAAGUAAAAGACGAUGAAGAAGUCACAAUAGUUGGUUACUCUGGCAAUCGUUUACAUAUCGCCAACGCAACAAUAUCCAAUUUCGAAGCAUGUAAGAUGUCAUAUUCGCAAAUAAGCGACGACAGUCCGAUGUUAGUUGAGAAGAAACAUUUCUGCAUCCGAUUCAACGAUGAAGAACAUAGCUCAAAUGAAAGAUAUAUCGGAAGCACGAUUAUUAAUAAAAACAAAAAGGUCAUUGGCAUAAUUUCAUUCAAUGGUCUCGAUGGACUGCCACAUGUUUGUAGUUCGACUACAAACAGUGGCUACCAUGAUUUUAUCGCAAAUCCAAGGAUUUAUGCAAUGAAUCAUCGCAAGAAAUAUGGAUCAAAGAAAGAUAUCGACUCUGAGGAGGAGGAAUUAGAAUAUCUCUUAGAACAUCAAACCGCAGGAGAAUCAGAGGACCCUUUUAUAAACUAACACUUAUUUUUUUGGAAUUUAUAUUAGUUUUUAGUUGAAAUAAAGAGGAUUACGUACGCAAGCUGACUUUUUGCGUGGCACGAAAAAUUUGGGAAUAAACUGAAA